AUGACGACGAAGGUACUGGUGUAUUUAAGCAGGCAAGAUGGUCUGAAAGAGGCUGAUAAGAUAACCAGGUUACCAGGACAGCCUAAUGAUGUAAAAUUCGAUCAAUAUGCCGGUUAUGUUACAGUUGAUCCUCAGGUAGGCAGGGCCUUGUUCUAUUAUUUUGUCGAAACACCUAAGAAGUCCUUUGGAAAAAACAAGAAACCAUUAGUCUUGUGGCUUAAUGGAGGGCCUGGAUGUUCUUCCAUAGGAAAUGGAGCAAUGUCUGAACUUGGACCAUUUUUUGUCAAGAGCGACAGCAAAACAUUGUACGAAAAUCCUCAUGCAUGGAACAAUAUUGCAAACAUGUUGUUUCUUGAAUCCCCGACCGGAGUUGGGUUCUCCUAUUCGAAUGUAACAUCGGAUUAUAAAAACAAUGGGGAUAAAAGAACAGCCAGAGAUUCUUAUACUUUCUUGAUUAAUUGGUUGGAAAGAUUUCCUGAGUAUAAAACCAGUGAUUUCUUCAUUAUUGGAGAGAGUUAUGCCGGACAUUUUAUUCCACAACUCGCGAAUCUUAUUCUCGAAAACAAUAUUAAAUACAAGAACUUUACUACAAUCAAACUCAAAGGCAUUGCUAUUGGCAAUGCUUAUAUUGAGACUAUUGAGAAUGAGCAGGGACUUUUUGAUUAUCUCUGGCUCCGAUCCGUAAUCCAAAAUGAUACAUAUUAUCGUAUUAAGUCAGUAUGCAACAUUACUGGACAAGAUUAUAAUGGUGAGGAUGUUUGUAUUAAGGCUCUUGAAGCGGCUGAUAUAGAAAAGGGAAGAAUUUCUUUGUACAACAUUUAUGCUCCUAUUUGCAAUAGUUUACAAUCUGAUAAGAAUUCUCUGCAGCAAGGUAACAUAUUGAAAAAGGGAGCAGAUCCAUGUUCAGAUCACAAUGUCGAAUCAUAUAUGAACUUGCCUGAGGUGCAGACCGCUUUUCAUGCGAAUACUACAAAGUUGAGCCAUGCAUGGACCCAGUGCAGUGAUUUGUUUAAACAUGACGACUGGAAAGACAGGCCGGAUUCUGUCCUGCCGGAAAUCAAACAAGCCAUUGACAGUAAACUAAGAGUUUGGUUAUACAGUGGAGAUUUUGAUGCUAUUGUUUCAGUUACUGCAACACAAUACUCACUGCAAAAUCUUGGACUUCCAAUUGAGACAACAUGGGGACCAUGGUAUCACAAAGAACAGGUUGGAGGAUAUUUCAUGGUUUAUAAAGGACUGACAUAUGCAAUAGUUAAUGGAGCAGGGCAUAUGGUUCCUGCUGAUCAGCCAGAAAGGGCCUUGGAAUUGUUUAGAGUUUUCCUUGAAGGAAAACAACUCAAUACAUCAUCCCCUGCAUAG